AUGAACAACAUGCGCAAUUCUAAGACUCAGUUAGAGAAUUUUGCUCUUUUUGACGACAUUUGUACUCUGCUUUUUAUUGACAAAAUACAUUACUGGUCUGAGAUCCAUAAGGUUCGUAAACUUGUGAGUCGCUCUAUCGAACGGAUUGACCCGCAGCUUCUUCUUGGCAUAGUCAUCCAGAAUGUGAUAGAACAGAACGAUUUGGACGGUGCGGUUGAGGAAGUAUCGAAACUGCGCGAACUGCAGCCUAUAUUCCAAAGAUGGUCAGGAUCAUCAAAUAAUGCUUUCCUAAGGCACGUUCGUUUGUAUUUAUCUCUCUACCUUCCUUCUUGUAACUUUGAAAUUUGCUCUACUAACAGGUACUUUACUUCGACUAAACAUGAAGCCUGCGUAACCGCCCGAGAACCUAUACAAGCAGGAGACGAUAUUUUAGAUCUGUCAGGGACUAUUGUAAAAUUAACCCCUAAAGAAGAAAGGACUUUAGGGGCUGAGAAAGAUUUUAGUAUUCUGCAUUCUAGUAGAUUAGGUUCAAUGUGUCUAUUUUUGGGGCCUGCUCGUUUUGUGAAUCAUGAUUGUGAGGCCAAUUGCCGAUUUAAUACUUCGGGUAGAAGAAUUUGGCUGAAAUCCAUUAAGCCAAUACUACCAGGACAAGAAAUUACUACUUUCUAUUCUUCAAAUUAUUUCGGUACCGAUAACUGUGAAUGUCUUUGUUCUACGUGUGAACAAAAAGGCAUGAAUGGCUACAGAAAAUUUUUUAAUUACCAUUUGAAUACAUUAAAGUCAUCGUACUUAGAGAGUGUGUCUGCUCAACAAAGCCAGCAAAGAGAAGGGCAUCCUUUCUCCAUAUCUCAACAAGACAUGCUUUUCCUCAGUCAUUGGGACACUGGUAGCGACUUAAGUAAUGCUUCGGAUUCUGAUUUAGAUGAUGAGUUUUCUCUAUAUAUCCCGCGGCAUAAAAAGAGAAUUUGGUCUCGUGAACGAAAAUCUAUGGAAACAGCAUUCUUAGAAGAAACGAUGAAAUCACAACAGCAAACAAGCUUUGAUAAGUUUCGAAAAGAGCUUAAAAGGAGAAGGCUGAAUGGCAGUAUUGAAUAUUCUUGCUCAGAUUGUCAAGGACUUUUCAACGCAUCUUUGUCUCGUGCUCAAGAUAGAAGGUGCCAAAAAUGUUCACGUCAUUUUCAUCUUUAUGAACUUCCGUGGCCAUUUCGAAGUAGAUCCGAAUACGAAGAAGCUAGGCCUGUUAGCCCUACCAAAGAAAUUGCCCAGAAACAACACACCAUGUCGUUGCGACGAAAAAAGCAUAUAAGCUAUACCAUUUAA